UCGAGAACGCGAGAUCAAAGAUGCGCCUUCUAGCGAUAUUGGUGGCGUGCGCGAGUCUGAACGCUGUCCGUGUACAGGGCGUUCCGAAAGAUGACGAACUGAUAGUGUUGAGUAAGCAGGUGAAAGCGCUAGUCGAGCGCCGCACCGAAGACCUGCGGAACAUCGAGGAGAACGUGAGGAAGAUCGUCUUCAAAGGGCCCGAGGUCGAGGAGCUGCGGGACCAGGUGAACAGUCUGAGGUUGGAGAUCGACCAGUUGCGUUCUGGCUCGGCUCCCCAGGUCCCAACACAAACGACAAACGAGAAGCUGACCACCAAAUGGCUGUCGGACGCGGUGGCGGAACUCAAGACGGAAGUGGCCGAGUUCCAGGCGUCCCUUAACUCGUCCGCCAUCUUGGAAAACCGCGAGCGGGUCGACGCGCGUCUCGUUCUCUUCGAGACCGACGUUUCGACGCUGAACCGCGAACUUCAGGCGGUACGCAGACAAAACGCCAAGUACCAAGCGGACCUGCUGACGAUGAGGGAGGAGUUCGCCGCCCUCAGGGCCGAAUGGAAGAAGAUGGCGGCCGAAAACGGCGACAUGAGAAACGAGAUCCGCGCCUUGCGAUCCGAGCGACGACCCCUCGCGCCGCCCGUGGACGACGCCCCCCCGCGCGGCCGGCACCACAAAACGGUACGCCGUCACCUGCAGUACCUGGACAAGAGCGCCAGGACCCUGCACAAGGAAAACUACGCUCUCAAGUCGCGCGUGGACCGCCUGGAGCAGACGGUGCCUCUCGCUAACCUCACCGCGCAGAAAAUCGACGUGGACAAGCUGCGCAGUUCGAUGCUCGAACUCCUCGAGAACGUCGAACUGGUCGAGACCAAAUUGGACCGCACGGUUCCGGAAUUUCGCAAGGAAAUCUCCAAGGUGGAGGUGCAGGUGGCGCAAGCGGCUGCGGACGUCGCCGCCGGCGCCGAGGAGCGACGCAACGUCCGGGAGUCGCUCAAAGCGAUCGGAUUCUCCGUCUCGGAGCUGCAGGUCAAAACCUCGGCGGACAGGGAGGAGCUGCGUCGCGUCGCCGAUCACCUGGUGGCGUUGGAGAAGGCGACCGCGACGCAGCACUCUCGCCUCCACGACCACAUCCUCAAGGAGGAGUCCGAGCUGGACGCCGGGAACGCGACCAAGAGCACCGUCAGGCUGGUGGAGGAGUUGAGAUCUUUCGAGAGCGAGUACAAGAGCAUCGUCAACAAGCUGCCGAGGGACUGCGGAUCGGUCGAGGGCCCGUCGGGGGUGUACCUGAUCGCGCCGGGCGACGCGGAACCCAUCUUGGCGCGUUGCGACUCCGGCUGGACCACCGUGCAGAAGAGGUACGACGGUACCGUCAGUUUUAACCGCGACUGGAACGACUACGGUACCGGGUUCGGGUCGGCGACGGGCGAACACUGGCUGGGCAACAGGAACCUGCACCGUCUCACCGUCGACAACUGCUCCGCGCUCCAGGUGAACAUGAAAGACAUCUACGGUGGGUACUGGCAGGCGACGUACUCCGACUUUCGGGUGGCCGGCUACGAGGACGGUUACAGGAUCGCCGUGGGCGGCUACGCGGGGAACGCGAGCGACGCGAUGGACUACCAGAACCGGAUGGAGUUCUCGACGGUGGACAACGACCGCGACAUCUCCAACACGCACUGCGCGAGCAACUACGAAGGCGGAUGGUGGUACUCGCAUUGUCAACACGCGAAUCUCAACGGCAGGUACAACCUGGGGCUGACGUGGUUCGACUCGGCGCGCAACGAGUGGAUAGCGGUCGCGGAGAGCGAGAUGCGAGUGCGACGCAAGGACGCGUGUUGACGUAUACCUGGGGGUCGUCCUCGUGCUACCGUCCAAAGAGUGAUGGAGGGGGGUCGCGUUUCAAGCCAGUCACGAGCCAAAGAUUUAGCCUAGGUUUAGUUUAGGAGUUGCUGUACGUCGCCCGGUUAUUUAUUUGCUAGGGGUAGAUCGCGCGUGAAAUCUGGUCCACCCUCUCAGUUUUGUGAUUAAACGGCUAUUGCCAAUGUUGCACCCAAACCAAUUUUGAGAAAUAUCGGAAAUCGAAAACUCCUUUUUUUAAAUAAUCAUCGAAAUUCCUAACUAAAUGUAUAUUUCAACGUGUCAGUUUCUUUGAACAAAAUCAAUUCAAAGAAAAUAGAUUUUUUGUUUAAAUCUACAAUACAGUCGUCUUGAGAUUAUUAGACGUAAGAUAAGGUCAUAAAAAAUAUGUGGCUUCCAUUAAAAAAAAUAUAUAUAUAUUUCCGAUAUUUUUUUCCAAAUAAUCAUUGAAAUUCCUAGCUAAAUGUGUUAAACGUGUCCAUUUCCAUGAAUAAAAUUACUUAUUUAAAAUUGAAGGAAAAGAGAAAAAUUGAAAAAAAAUAUACACAAUUUGUAAUUAUUCAUCUAAUGCUGAAUACUGAUAAUAUACAGAUAAUAUAAAACAUUUAUGGAUGUGUGAAAUCUGGUGCACCAUGUCUGUGAAAUAAUUUCACUUGGCAUUUUUCAAGUUAUAAUUGAAAUUUAUAAAAUUCACAUUCGCACAACGCUAAUUGUCGAUAAUACGUUUUCCUACUUUUUCAAAAGAGGUUUUAAGCAUUUAAAAAAAAAUUGCUUUAGUAAUUUUUUAUUAUUUAAUAUACAAAUUAUUUUUCCAAAUGGAAAUGUCAAAUCUGAUAUACCAUCUUAGUGAAA